AUGCCCGCAAAAGGAUGGAGAAAAGAUGAGCAAGAAUCGAACAUGGAAACUGCAAUUGCUAAUCAAGGUAUUUCAAUAGAUUCGAUUCUUUUCCCGAAAUCGACGAUUAACAAGUUGGCGAAAAAAACUUUGGCAGAUGAAAGUGGUGAUCAAAACCCAAUGAUAUUGGCCAAGGAUUCACAAACGGUAAUACAGCGAUCAGCAGUUGUUUUCAUAAAUUAUAUUUAUCACAAUGCAAAACAGUACAUAAAGGCGAAGGGACGGAAGGUUGUCAAUGCAGACGAUAUCAUUUUAGCCCUACAAACUGCCAACUUCAACAGCUUUGUUCCCGUGCUGCAGGAAGAGUUGGAGAAGUUUAACCGACGUAAAGAACUAAAGCAGAAAGAGAAAAUGUAUAAAAAGCAGGCGAAAGCUGCAGCCGGAACAGAAAAUGACCAUGUUGAGAUUGGUGAUGUGAGUACUGAACCAGAAAACGAUAAUGAAAGUAAAGCUGAUGAUGAUGAUGAAUCUGGUGACUCGACCCACCAGAAUAAAAGAGCAAAAAGAGAUGAAAGUGUUGCUAAUAAUAAUGAAAAUUCGGCACCAUCGCAAGAUAAUAAUGAGAGUGUGUGA